CCACCUGACCGGGCUUUUUUUUCCUUCUUGAUGAAGGAUGGCCUGGUCCUUGCCCUGACAUUUAUCGCUCUUGAAACGGGUCAUUUUAGGAACUGGCACUGGGCCUGGACAAGUGAAGCAGAGGCCUUCCUGAGGCUUUCCUUGGCCGAAGUCUCCUUCCCUCCUCUUCUUUGAUAUUUAUGCAGCAGGGUAGGCAGGUGUCUGGGAGGCAAGGGCAUUUAAACGCUGAGCACUUCCCAACCAGCUACUUUAAAUGAACAGCUGGGCCAGCCUGACCUUAACGCGGGAAGGAGUGUCCGCUGUAUCCAGCUGGCUCCGACCACGGUACUAACACCCAAUCUUGUGGAGAGGACGUAGUCUUGUGGACAGUCUGGAGGCCCACUCACCUGGCCUCGGCCACAGAAAUCCGCCUGCUGCACUGCGCUCGCGCCUGCCGCGGUUCUGGGACAGACCAGCCACCCCCAUUCUCAGCAGGCGGUGUGGCCACAGUGCUGUCCCUGCUGUCCUCGCUGCCGCGGGUCCGUACCGAGCGCCAUGGCCCAGCCGCCGCCCGAUGUCAGCGAGGACGACUGCCUCCCGGAGUACCGCUACCUCUUUUGCCCGGACCUGCUCCGGGACAAAGUCGCCUUCAUCACAGGCGGUGGCUCUGGGAUUGGAUUCCGGAUUGCUGAGAUUUUUAUGAGGCACGGCUGCCACACGGUCAUUGCCAGCAGAAGUUUUCCGAGAGUAUCAAUGGCUGCCAGAAAGCUGGCUGCAGCCACUGGCCAGCGAUGCCUCCCUUUGUCUAUGGAUGUCCGAGAUCCCCCAGCCAUUGUGGCUGCCGUGGACCAGGCACUGAAGGAGUUUGGAAAAAUCGACAUUCUCAUAAACUGUGCAGCCGGAAACUUCCUGUGCCCAGCCAGCUCAUUGUCCUUCAAUGCCUUCAAGACUGUGAUGGACAUCGAUACCUUGGGCACAUUUAAUGUGUCUCACGUGAUCUACAAGAAGUUCUUCCGGGACCAUGGAGGAGUAAUCGUGAACAUCACCGCAACCCUGGGUACCCGGGGGCAGGUGCUCCAAGUGCACGCAGGCUCUGCCAAGGCGGCCGUGGAUGCAAUGACGCGGCACUUGGCUGUGGAGUGGGGUCCGCAGAACAUUCGAGUCAACAGCCUUGCCCCCGGCCCUAUCAGUGGCACGGAGGGGAUGCGGCGGCUAGGUGGUCCCCACGCCAGCAAGAUCCUGGCCAGCCCCCUGCAGAGGCUGGGGAACAAGACGGAGAUCGCCCACAGUGUACUCUACCUGGCCAGCCCUUUGGCAUCCUACGUGACAGGGGCCUUGCUGGUGGUUGAUGGCGGGGCGUGGCUGACGUUCCCUAAUGACUUGAAGCUGCUGGCGGAUUUUGCAUCCUUCUCUGCUAAGCUCUAGGAGCUGGACAGCUGAAGCGAAGAAGGCAGCUGAAGGGGAGGCUGGUUCACAACCCACUCUUGGAUUCCUGGGACCUGCCUCUCACGCAGCUGAGAACUCCAAACCAACCACCCCAGCAGAGCAGCUGAAGCAGAGACUAACCCCUCCUCUGAGGGCCAUUCUGUGUUCCCAUCCCCUUCCCAUGGCCCAUCUCCUGUGCAUGGGCAGGAGUGACCAGGCAGUGAGCCCAGCCUGCUGACCUGCCCGCACCACACAGAUAUCUGUCAAGGGGUGAUUGGCAUUCCAGAGCUCCCUCAAGAGUGGAGAUGCAGACCAGUUGCUGGGGUACACCCCUCCCCCCUGACCUAGGGUUAGGGGCUAUCCUGCCCCGCCUAGUCCCAGCCUGGGCUGGCCGCCUCCAGCCUGUUUCCUGUCCCAUCUGAGGGGGUGUGUAUGUGAAGGGAUAACCCAGGAGUUCACAGGUCAGUCACACUGUGAAGCCAAGUUUGGAGCAGGCUUCUGGGAUGACCGCCCCCACCAUCCUUCCUGGAGACAGUUGGAUGCCUCAAGGUUCAAGCCCCUCAGAACUGUAGGUCGGCCCUCUGGUUAGGCACACACAGUUCUAUCCUUCCUUGUUGGUACACCAAUUUGUAUAAGCACAGAUCCUAGAGCUUUGCCAGAAAAUACAUUUCCUUAAAGAAUAAUAUUUUUUAUUGUAAAACAUCUAUUCAUUGGAUUUUGCAAAAUUUUUUAGAAGGAAAAGGAAGAUACUUGAAAAGAAUCACUGUGAUCCAGUCAUUUAAUGUUUCCUUCCUAUCUUUUUCCUGUGAAGAGUUUAGAAAAUGCUUCCUAUCUAAUGCUUGAACACCCUGCAAGGUCCCCCUUUGCUCUUGGUCGGUUCCUACUGCCAUUAGGGGGCUGAGUGUGAGCUCUGUGCCCCAGAGGACCAUGCUCACUUGUCCCUUGUUCAAGUCCCUUCAUUCUAUGAAAGGAGACCACCUCUCCUCAACAUGUGCAAGGGAGUGGCAGGGAAACCCCAUGGCCAUCCCAGCUGGGAGGCCACCUGGCAGAGGGAGCACCUUUUGCUAUUUAAAGGUGCUCCCUGUUGUCAGGGAGACCAAAAUGUGGUGCAUCAAGUUCACC